AUGCAAAAAACCAGUAUUAUUCCUAUUGCUCACGCUGAAGCUCCAGCUAAUGAACCCGAGAACGAAGAAGCACUUGAAGAACCAGAAGAUCUAAAGCCACAGAUCGAAGAAGAAUGCGGUGAAACCACAGCUUGUAAACCUUUAAAACAUCACCUUGAAGAAUGCGCUCGUCGUGUUGAAGCAGGUGGAACCGACGAAACUUGUGCUGAAGAAUUAUUACACUUUAUGCAUUGUGUAGACCAUUGUGCUGCACCUAAAAUUUUUGCAAAAUUAAAAUAA